AUGGAGUACCUUGAUGAUCUCUUGAACAGAAAGGUUGAGCGGGAACGGCUCAGUGCGGGUGGUGAUGACGCUUCGUCGUCGUCAUCUGCCACUGCGGCGGCCGGAGGUAGUAGCAAGCACCUUGAUAGUCAAGGUGGUAUCGGAGAUAAGCCGGCCGCGAGUGCGGCACCGCGAUUGUGUUGGCUCUGCAACCGAACAAGCCCCUUGCGCUUCCGUCUACAAGGUGGCAUUCAUCUCUGCUUCACGUGCUUCCGGGCGUCGUACUUAUCGCUGCUCCACCCCAUCAUCAACACAUCUGCCAGGCGUGACAGUGACGCAAAAUUCUUGAAGCUGAUCUACAACAUCGAGAGCGAAAGAACGAUGUCCAUGACGCUGCCAAGAGACGAGUUGCUCUCUAGCAUGUACGGCGAGAUCAUCGAUCCGCAGCGAGCAUCAUUCGUGAUGAGCUCGUCCAUGAUGCAGCAGCGCCGACUGUCGGAGACGCAGCGCGCUGGCAAAGGCGGUGCCGCGGGCGUCACGGCGAGCGCCAAUUCCUUUUGGAAGUGCCCCCUAUGCACUUUCGUGAACGCGACCUUCGCGCACGAGUGCGAGGCGUGCGGAUUCGUCAAUCCGGGUGAGGUCAUCUGCCCCGUCUGCAAGACUCGCUGCUCCAUCGGCGUGAUAACCACCUCACCGACCGAAGCGAGCUCCACAACUAAGUGCAAGCAUGGCGUGCCGCAUUGCAUCUGGAACUGCCGCGAGUGCGGCGGGCUCAACACCAUCGACGGUGACAGCUGCUCGUUGUGCCACAGGCCGCGCUACUGGGCAUGCUCGCAGUGCACGGCACUGCACCGCAUGGCGCGCGGCGAGGAUGGCUUGCGCUACUGUCCCACUUGCGGUGCGUACAACACCCCGGAUGACAUCUUGGUCGGCCAGGCAAAGAUCGACAAGGAGACCAAGUACGCGAAUAUGAUAACGUCGAAGCCGGGUGCGAGGCAGAGGCACAGCGGCGGCGACAAGGACCACGACCUCAACGGCGGCGAUUCGCGGGCGGCAGCGGGUAGUGCUUCUACAGCGGAAGCCAAUAGCGAAGUUAUCUUUGGGGUUAACGACAGCUACACGCUGGAGGAACGGGCGCGGCAGAAGCGAAUUGAAGACAAUGAAAAACGACUGCUUUCCCGCCUGAAUCAGCUGCACAUAACCCGCAACGUGCAGAAGACGGAUGGAAACUGCCUUUUCCGUGCCCUGGCAAACCAGCUCUUUGGGCAACCACGGCUGCAUUACCUCGUGCGCUCCCUCGCUACUGCGUACAUGAGCGAGCACUCCGAAGACUACGCCAUCCUGUUCGACGGCGCGGCGGAGUGGAAGAAGUACCUAGCAGCAAUGAAGGAGCAGGGUACCUGGGGUGAUGAGCUGUGCCUCAACGCUGCCGCCCGCUGCUUUCGGGUCAACAUCCACGUCAUCACAAGCGACCAAAAUCGCUGGCACAUUGUGUUCCAGUACGACCAGUUAGGGAGCACGCGCUCAAAUCGCAGCUAUGAAGUUGCAGAGAAGAACACUGUGUCGAGCGGCAAAGAGCCGCUUGACACCUUGUCGACGCUGAAGUCUGACGUAGCGGAGUCACCGCUCUAUUGUGAGAGUGUGUCGCUGUUUCUCGCCUACCUUUCCCCGGUGCAUUACGACGACAUCACACCCAUGCCCGUGGCACAGCUUCAGCUCGGCGAGUUGCUCAGCGGGGAGCUGAACAAGCGCGUGAAGCGCAAGCAGAAGUCACGCAGUGCCAGUGACCGUGGUAGCGCCACUUCUGCAGUACCCUUAAGAGGCCUACCAUCCGUACCAGACUCCAGAUGUGGAGGCCGCAGGGUGGAUGCUUCGAUCAUGUCGCGCACGCCUGUUCGUUCGCCUCGUGUGGAGGCGCUCUUAGAGCGGGUUAGGACGCGCGCGAGGUCGUCUAAUGGUCUCAGGCCGCCCCUGGUGUCGCCAACCUCUUCGAAUGCGACUGUACCGCUGGUGCCAUGCUUACGGCCGCAGUCCGACAACCUGUACGCAGGCAGGGGCUCAGAACCGCCGUCGCGGCCUCCGCCUUCGCCUCCGCCUUCGCCUCCGCCUUCGCCUUCGCCAAGUAGCUCCCGCGGCUUUCCAAGCGAGUAA